UUUGAGCUGUUAAGGUUUCUAUCACCAUUUUAUGAGGAACUAAUCCUGGGGAACAUUUUUAUCUCUCCCUUCUUCAUUUGCUGCCAUUUUGUGCAGCCUUUCAUUUUCACUUGCUGCUACUUGGCAGCUUGAACACCACAACUCCAACACUCCUCCUUGGUGUUAAAGCUGCAAAAUCAAAACAGAAACUUUUAUGCCUAAGCACCUGGGAUCAACCCUUUGCCGUCCAUCAUGUGCUUGGUUUUCACCAUUUUUUUUUUUCACAGCCAAGUACCACCCUUCUCAAACAACCUCAGCUCCUCCUUCAUUGCAGCUUUCCUUCUUUGGGUUUUGCUGCCUCAAACAAAUUUUGGAGCUUCCUUGGGGUCAUAGAUUAGAUUCAACUUCUGGUGAACAUGACUUGAUGCAUGCUCUGAGUUUUCUUCCUUUCUCAGGCAACACCCUUGACAGACAUUCUUUUCCCCUUUGGACCGUUGGUUGUAGAAUCCAUCAACACCUUCUCUUUGUAGGUCCAGCUUGCCUCUUCACACCAUCUCCUCAUUAUGCUUGAUCUUGAGCUAUAGUGGGCCUACCAUAUGCCUUCAUCACUUGCUGAGUGAUUUGGCUAAAAAACGGAAGAGGGAUUUCAAAAUGAACCUACUGGAAUCCAUUUGAGAGCCUCAUCUUCAUCAACAUUUGCAGCUUAGCUUGCUGCACAUUUUUGCUGUCAUUUGACAGCUUCAAUUUCACCAUAUUUGCAGCUAAAUUGCUGCACUUUGCUGCUACCGUCCUAUUGGUGCAGCUCUCCCUUCUUCAUUUGCUGCCAUUUUGUGCAGCCAUUCAUUUUCACUUGCUGCUACUUGGCAGCUCGAACACCACAACUCCAACAAUUUCAUGGCAGUUUCAAUUCAUUAUUUCUGUAGAUUUGAAUGCCACGUUUCUAGCAAUAAUUCCAACAUCUUUUA